GUCUUGUUUUAUUCAUGUCAUUUGUUUAUUUAAAAAAUUACCCCCCCCCCCCAAAAAAAAGUCAGGUCUAAGUACGGCACUGUACAUUACAUAAGUACACGAUACACAGUGAAGAAUAUUUUAUGAUAACGGUUUGAGAGCAUUAUUUCUUAAGUUUUUUAAUUUUCAUAGUCAUUUUAUUUUGAUCAAAGUAUUGGUUCCGGAUCUCGGUUGUAGUUAUGCUGCUAUUAUUUGGUCGUAUUCUAAACCAUAGAUAGGUUCUUAAAUAUCUUUAAUCGUGGUUCUUAUAGUAUUUUAAUUUUUUAUAUUAGGUUCUUAUUCUAUCCACGCCCUACAGACUAUAAUUCUAAUAUUCUAUGGACUAUAAUCCGUAAUUUUAUCUAUUCUGUGUAUUAUCACUAUUAUCUAUGAUCCGGACACACCUUAACAGAAGCAGGCUGCGUAUUUACUCCAUGAUUUACUCUACCGAAUAAUUAUUAAUGAUAUAAGUACAACUGAUAUUAUAUUUUGUUGGCCUUAUCGCUAUGGUAGAUAUUAAAUAAAUCGCUUAAUCGUGCCGUAACCAUUGAUUACUACAUCUUCCGUGCUUCUGCGCUCAGAAUAUUGUCUAAUCGUAUUUGUAAACAAACACCUAUUUGUUAAAUAGUAGACAAUUUCAACAAUAACUGACCGUUGUCAUAAACUCGUAAUACAUUUUUAAGAAUUCUCACCCAAAACUUACAAAAAGACUUCAAAACGCCUCAUCAAAAUCAAGGGUAAGUAAUGUCCUUCAAUAGGUACAUAUUUCUAAUGGUACAGUAGCAAGUAAUCAUUUAAGAAUAAAAUUGUAUUAAUGGAAUUAAUUUUCAGAGAAAUCAUGAGGAAUAAAAAAGAUAUACACAUUGCAUCUAGUAUGGAUGAGCUAGAAACCCAUAUCAAACUACCUGAUAAAAUGAAGGACUUGAAUUUACUAAUGUAUGAAUGAUUUAAUAAUUUUAAACAACAGUAAAUUUAAUUUGUUAUUACAAUUUCUUUAACACCUAUAUUAUAUUAUUUUAAAUAGACUAAAUGAAAAAGCUGAACAAGUAUUCAAUAAAGCUAAAAAUAAUUAUGAAGAUGAAGAAAAAACAUAUAUAUUAUUGAUGAAGUAUUGUGAAAUUGUGCAAUUAAUGAAAAAACAAUUUAAUCGUGAUGCAAGCUAUAUAGCUGGUAUGAAUAAAUUUCACUUAAGAACAGCAAUUACUAUGUUGACCCAUAUUAAAGAAAGCUUAGAAAAUAGGUAAGUUUUUUUUAUAACCCUAUAAAAACAUAAAACUAUGUAAGUGACUUAAUUUUAUUAAUUGAUUAUAAUAUUACAAUUACUGUCCAUUUUUAGUAUCUAAGAUAAAUUACAAAAUGUAUGAUUUACUUUUUUUUUCAAUUCUAAUAUUGGUUAAAUGAUAAUUGAUAUCUGCCAGCACUUUUCCUUAGUAUGUCUUAAUUUUGGUGUCUUCCAUCACUUACUUCAUGAAAGAUAUUCUAGACUUUUCCCUUCCGGGUUUACCAUUUAUUUUUCAUUAUAUUAUUGUGUUCAUUCGGUUUAUGGACGUUUCCCUUCCUGAAUCAAUAUAAUAUUUUUUUUUACUCGUAAUAAUAGCUUGAAAAUAUGUUCUCUAGUUUUACUCGAAACGUAUAAAAUAUAUUAUAUUUUUAUUGUACGUUAAUAAAUUAAAUUAAAUAAAUUCUCAUGUACUUUGAUAGAACUUAUGUUGAUAGUUGUAUACAAUUAGAAAAAAAAUAUAGAAUUAUAAUACAUACUUACAAGAAAACCUUCAUUAUUUCCACUUUCUUUAUAGAACGUGUUUGAGUCAACUGUUAACUUAAGCUGGUAUGAUAAGAACAAAUAAUAUUUUUGGAAAAGUCGUUUAAUAGAUUUACAACACUAAUUUGUAUUAAUCAUCCAAAUAUAUAGCUUUUUAUUGAAGCUCUACAGAUAAGCAACUCAAGUGUAUCAAUAAAAAAUUUGAAUUUUAGAACAGGAGCUUUCCGUAAAAAUUUGGGUAAUAAUGAUAGGUUAACAAAGUUAUGUGAAAGUUUUUCAAAUGAAGAUAUUUUAAAUUUUUUUAAUUUCAAUAAGCUAUCUUAUCAGAAUAAAAAAAUAUUUGUUAGGAUUUUGAUGAUGUAUAAUGGAAUUUUAUUUAUUUAUUUAUUUGCGUUUGUAUAUUGUUUUUAAUAUUUAUAUUAGUGUAUUUUACAUUAUUAUUACAUUCAAAUUUGAAUUAUACUUAUUUAUUAAGUAAUUUAAUCAUUAAUACAUUUAUCAAUUUGUAUUAUGUAUUAUUGUUUAAUAUUUUUACUUUUAAAUUUUUAUCCUGGAAGGGAGAACAUCCUAGAUUUGUUCACCCAAUGGCUAAGUAGCCAAUUUCUAAGUGUCUGAUCCACAUUUCCUUCUCAGUCAUUACAAAAAUGAAAAAAGUUAUAAUUUUGAGGAAAGCUUAAUUUAACAUUUAUUUUAUAAUUUUAAUGAGUUAUCAAUAUUUGAUCAUAAAAUUUAAGAGAAUAAAAAUGUUGACUAAAUUUUUAAUAUUUUCUUUUUCAUAAGAAUUCAUCAGUCAAAUUUAAUCCACGUAAAUUAAGAUGUACUCAAAAAUGUCAAAUAAAAUGUUUUGAAAAUUAUAUCAUGUCUUGAAAAAGCUUAUAUAAUAGUCUAUUAAUCUAUGACAAUUUCAAGUCAUUAAUUAUUAUUGAAUUACUGAGUUAGCCCAAAACCCAAAAGCAAUUUUGACAAAACUAGUGUAAUAUUUCUGAUUUUCCUACAUUUGUUAGAUUUUCCCAUUAAAGAAAAUUAAAAAUAUUAUUUUGAAUGAUGGCUUCUGCAAUCUGAAGUUUAUGAUUGAAACGAAAUGGUCAAAAUAUUGACAUUAAAAAGUGGAUAAAAUAUAAAUCAACUCAAAAUCUAAAUUAUUAAUGUUUGUGAAAAAGUCCAUUAUAGCUUAAAUUUUUUUUAAAAAAACCUAUUAGAAUAUAAUAUAAUAGGUAUAAUGAAGUAUAUUUAUAUUUGAAAAAAUUAUAUUUUUUAAUUUUUUAGGUAUGAAGAAAAAGCAAAACAAGCAAAUAAUAAAGAGCAGAUUAAAUAUUCUAAACCUAAAGUUAAUGGUGUACGCCCUAAUGAAGAAAAAAACAAUUUUGAAUUUGAAAGUACAAUAAGUAAUAAAGACCUAUUUUUUCUUUUACAAAAUACCAAAAGAAGUAAGAUUUGUCUACUUGAUACAAGACCUUCAGAUGCUUUUCAGGAUUCUAAAAUUACUGCCUGUGAUGUUAUUAAUAUACCAAAAGAAAAUUUAGUCCCAGGGUAUGAAUUAUAUUAUAUUGUUUAUCCAAUAAUAUUAUAAUAUAUAGUAUUUAAUUUAUUAUGCUGAAUAACAAUAUAUAUAUUUUUAGAUUAACAGCAGACUUAUUAAAAAAUAAACUAGAAGGAUCGUUUCAGGAAAAAUGGAUAAAGAGACAUAGUUAUGAUUACAUUGUGAUACUAGAUCAAGGAACAGAAGAUAUUGAAGGUGAUCUAAAAUUAAUUUAUCUAAGGAAUGCAUUACUUCAAUGGGAUCCACCAUAUGAUAAUAGAAAAAAAGUAAAGUUUCUCAGAGGUGGUUACGAAGAUUUUUCUUAUGUAUGUCCAUGGGAAACUUCUCAAUCAGCUGGUCUUACACAACCAAAUAGUGAUGCCGAACAUCUUUCAGAUGUAGAGUUAGAGCCUGAACCUGAAUCUGUGAAACCUGAAAGUAAAAUAUCUUGAAAUACAUUUUAUAUUACUUAAAUUUUUAAACAUUUGAAUUGUUUAAUUAGGUAAACGAGUUCAAUAUCCAUCCUUAGACAGUAUGCAGAAUGAUUUGCUUAAAUUUCAAAUAAAACCAACUGAUAGUUCCAGUGAAGAAGAAAUGGAUACUCAGGAAAUAACUUCGACAUUAAUUGAACCACCUGUGUUUGAUAGAUCUACAAAAGUAUUAAAAUGUAUUUUUUUAUAAUUGACAAAAUUUUAAAUUUUAAAUUCAUUUUUUUCAGCCAUCAAUUAAAAUGAAUCAAUUCAAUAAGGUUGAAAUUAUUAAACCUUUGUACAAUAUUAAUGAUGAAUUAGAUGAAGAAAACAAUGAGGUAUCGGUUUUUUAUUUUAAAAUAAAGUUAAAACAUAAACUAAAUGUGUAUAAUAUUAGUAUUACUAAUAUUUGUUUAUAUAGCUACCAAAUAAUAUUGAACAACUAGAAAAUAGACAAUUAUCCAUUGAUAAUAAUAUUUUAGAAAAUGAGGAUUCCUAUACACUCAACUAUAAAAAUAAAGUAUUAUGUUCAAUAUUGUAUUUGAUUUGUUAAAUGUGUUUUUAAUUAAUAUACAUUAGUUUUUGAUGAAUUAUUAUUUAUUUUAAAGGAAAAAGAUUUUUGUCCAAUUCCACAUGUAGACCGUUCCACUAAGCCAUUGGACGAUUUACUAAAAGUUUCUAAAACACAAAUCACGGUAAGAUAUUUUUUUUCAUAAUAUAAACUAUAGUAUAAUAUUAUAUUUCAAAAGUAAUUUUUUUUAAUUUCAUUAUUUCAAAUAACUCUUUUGAUGAUUGUCCACUACAUUAUAUUUCAUAGUAAAAGUUUUAAUUUCCAAUAUUAAUUAUUGUAUCAAAUUAAUAUUCAAUUUAUAUUGUUUGAUUUAUUAUCAUUAUAGGGAGGAGAUGGGUUACGAGGUUUACUAAAUUUAGGAAAUACAUGUUACAUGAAUUCAAUAUUACAAUGUUUAAGCAGCACUGAAGAUCUUGUAAAAUAUUUUAUAAAUGUAUAUAAUGAAUUCAUCAACCAUGAAAGUAGAACAAAAGGCUUAGUAGCCAGAGAAUUAAGUAAUGUCAUUAAAAAUUUAUGGACAACAUCUGAUAGAAGUUUUUUGUGUCACAAGUUUAAGGUUGGUAUCAGCUGUAAUAUUCCAAUUAUUAUAUUUAUUUACCAAAUGUCAAACAAAGAAUAAUUUUUACCAAGAACCAGUAAUUUAUCUUCAUGGUUUAAGUAAUUGGAAUACUAUAUUUUUAUCACAAAAUGUAAUUUUGAAUUUUUAAAAAAAAUUAAUAUGAUAACUUAUUAUUUAAAUUGUAUUAUAUUAAUUUAUAAUAAUCUAUAAAGAUUUAUUUUAUUUCCUAUUAACUUCUGGAAAAGUAGGAAUAUCUUUUUGUUGUUGAUUUUCAAAACAUUGAAUAAUCAAUAAUAAAAUAAUUAAGUAAAAACAAAAUUAUUAAAAUGGUUUACACUCGUAAAUAAAUAUUUAAAUAAAAAAUGUAUAUAUAAAAAUAAAAUUAAUUAAUUAAUAAAUGCGCCUCCUGGAGUAUUAUGAUAAGUAAGGACCGUAUUUUGCAUAUAAUAUAUGUUCAUAUUUUUAUAAGCAAUUACAUGCAGUAAAUGGAUUUUCUUCAAUCAUACUUAAAUAAAUAAUAUUACAAAUUUUUAUUUUGCAUAUUUUCCUUAAAAACACAUAGUCAUGUUUUUGAAUAUUAUGUAUACAUUUAAAUGUUUUAAUUUAUUUUUUAAUUGUAUAUAUAAGUAUUUUUAUUAAUUUGGUCCACCACACUAAAAUUGAAAAUAUUUUUAAAAAUAAUAUAAAAUUACGUUUCUGUUGAUCAUUAGUUGGUAGGUAGGUACCUAAUUAUACAUAUAUUUUUAUUUUACUUACUUUAUCUAAUAUUAUCACCAAUUAAGUUAGUAGUUAAGUAGUUCGAAGUAUACAUUCAACAAUAGUCAACGUAUUUUAAAAACGGUUCCAUUUUAUAGAACAUUGUUUGUGUUUAUUACUAUACAAUGCCAAAAUAUCCAUGUCUUUUUUCAUCAUUAGUGUUUUGACUUUAUAAUUUUACAAUAAAUAAAUAGCUGUAUUAAUCAAAAGUAAUUUUGCAUAUUUGAAAUUUUUUAAGUGUAUAUUGGCCUACAUAUUUUAAAAUUUUAAAUGCAUAUAAAUCCGGACUUCAAUGAUAUAGUAUAUUCUAUAACCAGAAUAAAAAAUUUGAAACUGGUCAUAUAAUACAUUUAUCAUAAUAUUCCAGAUGAUGCAUUCAUUCAUUUAUUUAUUUUAUUUUUUUGUAUACAUUUUUUAUUUAUACAUUUAUUUACUAUAAUUAUUUACUUUAUCAAAUAAUCAUUCAGUUGAUCUUCAGUUCCAUUAAUUAUAAUAUUAUUCAAGGCACUCCAAUUAACUUGAAACUAAUAAUAAAUGAUGAUUGAUAUUACUACUUAAAGUAUUUUAAAUAACUUAGUCAGUGUGUUGUUCUAAAACAAAAUAGAAUAGAUCUUCACAACUCGUUUUUGUUCAAUUAAUACAUAUGCUUAAUUGUAUCACAUAAAUCUCACUUUGGUAAUGUCACUCAGUCAUUUCGAUAUACAUCAGUAAAUAUUAAUGUGUCCCCAUAAAUGUAUUAGUAUCAUUUACACUCUUAAAAUUGAAAUGACCAUAAACCUAAUUAUUUUGUUAUCUUUUUUUUUUCUUUUAAUACCUAUAUAGGAAACAAUUGGAGAAUUUAAAGAUAUGUUUAAACAUUAUGAUCAACAAGAUUCACAUGAAUUUUUAACCAUUCUAUUAGACUGGCUUCACGAUGAUUUAAAUGAAGUAAAAUAUUAAGUUACAUAUCUAUCUGUAUUAAUCACUUAUUUUUGUUUUUUAUUAUAAAAUUGUUUUAUUUUUAGCCUGUAGACAAUAGAAUUAUUUUAGGUGCUUCAAAAGAAACGGGUGAAGAAGAUUGGGGGCAUUGGACAAAAACUAACAAUUCUAUAAUUCAGCAACUUUUUUAUGGUCAACAAAAAUCAACCGUUUCUUGUGAUACAUGUUUUGAAAAAUCCAUUACAUUUGAACCAUUUUCAAGUCUAAGUUUACCAUUACCAUCAGAAGGAAACAGAUGUACACUUGCAGUAAGAAAACUGUUUUAAUUAUUUAUUGUGUCUAAUAAAUUCAGCCCUAAGAGAUCUUCGACUAAAAGUUUUAUUGUGAAAAAUCAUUCAAAUAAAAUCUUAAAUUGAAACCACAUAGUAAUUUUGUAUAGUCAUGUUCUAUUCUAAUGCCACACGUGUUUUUUUGUGUUUGUUAAACUACUAACAGGCAUAAAUAAAUACCUAAAUAAUAUUAGCACAGUAUGUUAUCAUCACUAAUUUAUGAAAAUUGUUAUUAAUAUAUUAAUAUUUUCAUAGUAUUUAUGUUUUAAAACCCCUUAAUUUAUUUAAAAUAGUAAACAAUUUAAGUUUCCAAAUAAAUACUUAUAAUUUUGAUUUUAAAUUCUUUUUGAGAAUCUAAUUUUAACUAUUAUUUGUAUUAACUACUAAUUAAUACUACUAAAAACUCAUAGUUAUCUAUUAACUAUAGUUAAUCAGUAUAGUGAACAAUAUUUUUGCAUACUUGAAUUUUUUAUAACAUUAAAUUUUAUGUAGUAAUUUUAAGGAAUUCCCUGUAGUGAUAACAAAUGAGAAUCUACAUUUUUUGUUGCAAAUUAUGCUAUUUAAUAGUUUUCUUUUUUUCAAUUUUGACUUAACUGUAAUCAAAAUUUGAAAAAAAUAUUUCUGAGUUAUUCUACUUUAAAUAGGGAUUGGAUACCAACUGGUUGACGGAAGUCAAACUUUAUUUAAAGUAAAACUCCAUCUAUUUGUUGAAUUUUUUGUAAAGAUUUUUAUUUGAAAAACCAAAUUUGGUACCAUCACCGGAUACUCUUUAAAUAUUGUGAAAAUCUAAGUAUUCAAAAAUAUCGGCUUUUUAACCACACUAAAAAGUUCAAAAAAUCAGAAUUUAAAUAAAUACAAAAUUUAACCCAAAAAAUAAGAUGAUCACACUUAGUGAAUCACCUGUACAUUAAUUUGUUAUUUAUUUAUUUCAUACAAUUAAAAUAACACAAAUUGUAUAGAAAUAAAUAUAAUAUGUUAAAUUAUGUUUUAUAUUUACAUUUUUUUUUUUUCAGGAUUGCCUACAAUUAUACUUGAAUGGUGAAUCAAUAUGUGGUUGGCAUUGCCCAAAGUGUAAAUGCAGUAGAGAUGCCACAAAAAAAUUAGACAUAAUGAGGCUUCCACCGUAUUUAAUUAUUCAUUUGAAAAGGUAUUUUUUUAAUACAUACAUUUUAAUUUUAGUUUGAAAAUGCUAAAAAAAAAAAUUUUAGGUUUUCAAGUACUGGAUAUAAAAAAAAUUCAAAUGUUGAAUUUCCUAAAACUGAUUUAAAUAUGUCAAAUUUUAUUAAUGGUAUAGAACAUCGAAAUUGGAAAUAUAGUUUGUAUGGUGUAUCAAAUCAUUCUGGAUCGCUUGAUGGUGGGCAUUACACAGCAUAUUGCCUCAAAAAAUUAAAAAACAAGUAAAAAUUAUAUAAUUACCAUUUGUAUUACAUAUAUACACAAUUAUAUACAUAUCAUAUAUAUAUUAUAAAACUUUCACUAAUUUUCACAGGUGGUAUAAAUUUGAUGAUGUUCGAGUGUAUGAAGUUGAUUCAUCUAUAAUAUGUUCUUCUGAAGCUUAUAUAUUAUUUUAUUGUCGAAAAAAUUUAUUAAUGUUUGAAAACUAAAAAUAAAAUUUAUAGGUAUCUAUUAUUUUGUUGGCGUCUUUUGUCCACAAAUAAGUAUUUUAUUAAAUUUUAAUAGGUAUUGUUUUUAUUAUUAGAUGUUGAUUUGUUGAUAUUGCACACUGUACAUACAAAUAUUUAUAUUUAUAAAUUACUUAUAUUUUUAUAUAAUAUAUUUUGACUUUUUGAUUUUAAAAGUGAAUUAACUACCUAAUAAUAAAUUUAUUUAAUAAUGGUUUAAAAA